UCCUUCUGAAAUUAGCCAGGGAGCGCACAAUGUCAUAGCAGCAAGACCAUACCAAUUCUAAAAGAAGCCUGAUUUUGUCAUAGAAAACGAGCAAACAUAAAGCAAGAAUGUGUGAUGUCAGUGAAGAAUCGUUGCUGGAUUAUUUCUAUUCAGCCGGAGGGAAAGUAAAAAAUGCGGAUUUAAUGAAAACAUACAAGCCUUUCAUUGGUCAUAACGACAUGCAGCUGCGUGCCAAAUACAGAGAGGAGUUCAAACAGAUCAUUGACAGGAUUGCUGUUGUGAAAUCAGAGAACGGUGAGAAGUACCUGGUUCUGAAGAAGAGGUACAGGCAGCAGAAGCAGGACAGUGAGACAGAGCCUGGGACAGACAGACAGGCCAGUCCUGCGGCCAGCCCUGCCAGGCCCUCGGCCUCAGCCCAGUGGGAUGUGUCGGGGGUCUCGUCUCUCCACACCCAGGGGGAACCAGACCCCCAGUCUGACCCGGCCAAGAAGGCCGAGGCGAGGAAGCCUUCACAGGUGACGUGGUGUGGAAGAGGCCCCAGCAUUACCAUCAAAGAGGCACCCAAGCAGGAGCACAUGCAGGAGGACCAGCACACAGAGAGGACCCCCUCACCGUCCGUUUCGGAGAAACCCCUAGCGCACAGCAACGGAGAGGAUGAGCCAGACAGGGACUCCGGGUCAAAGUCCGAGUCGGAAGAGCAGGAAGAGAAGUGUACGGGCAGUAUGCGCUCCACCCCAGUGGCCCUGGACCCUGUGGAGAAGGAAUGGAUCUACUCUGCUACUUGUGGCCGUCUCUCUGACCUCUCCCAGCUGCUAAAACAGGAGCCCUCCCUGGCCAACAAGAAGGACUUCGUUUCAACAGCUCUACACUGGGCAGCCAAACAUGGCAAAGAGGACAUGGCUACCAUGAUGGCCAACGCAGGGGCUGACGUUAACACUAAAUCUCAUGGGGGCUAUACACCCCUGCAUAUUGCAGCGUUGCAUGGCCAUCGACACAUUUUGGAGCUGCUCAUUGGAAAAUAUGGUGCGAAAAAGAAUCUGCGGGACUACAGCGGCCAUCUUGCCUGCCAGUACCUGAACAUCAGGGAGCCUACAGAGGAAGACAGAACAGCUCCAGAGGAGAUACAGUUCCCUGAGUUCCAUGUGACCCAGGCCAGAGACUGCAGCAGGAACAGGAAGUUGGUCUCGUUGUUCCAGUCCAAGAAGAAGUGGGGCUCAGCGGAGGAGCUAGCCCCUGUAGAGGAGAGUGUGGCACUAGCACGCCAUCAACUCAUGGUCCCCGCAUUCAGACCCAGGAAAUUCUCACGCUAAGGAAGGAGCUAGCCAAAUGUCCCACAUUUAAUGACAUCACAAAAACAUGUUCAGUCAGUGUAUGUUUAUUUGAAUUUUAAUGUAUGCUUUUAUAGUAUUUAUGCUGUAUGCUUUUAUGGUGUAGGGAGCUGUAACUAUUGAAAUGUUUAGUUUGUUGUUUAUCGCCUUGAUUGUAUUGUUGAAAUCUCCCCAAAUGAUUUGAUUAUCAUUUAAUUCAAUUUUUAAAGUAGAAUUUUAUUCUAGUGAUACAAAAUGUUACAUUAAUAACAAUAAUAUGCCAUUUAGCAGACGCUUUUAUCCAAAGCGACUUACAGUCAUGUGUGCAUACAUUUUUACGU